GCUUCAUUCUCGAAAUCCAUAUCUUCAUCCUUCCCCGAUGCUUCUUGAUUACUUCUCGUCUUUUGCAUCUUGAAGCAGAUCAAGCAUCAAGCCUUGCCAAGUCGAUUUUGUCUUAUCGGUUCGGAAGACUGAUUGCCUUCAAGUCUCCGGUUCCGCUCCGCCAUUUGACUCCGAAGCACCCUCGCGUCCUUGGAAUUUCCCGGAGCUGUUCCACAUGCUACAAGACCCUGAAGUGAUCUAAAGCCCGGCUGAUGGCUGAUACCAGCUACUGAUGCGUCUAUUGCUCAUGACUCACUUGAGAUAUUUGGCCCAAGAUGAUGAGCUCAAAUAUCUUGUCUCGUUUCCUUCCUCCACACGGUUCGCCUUCAGUGUAUGAGACCAUCCGGCAGCACGACUCCCAUUCAGACUCGUCGGAUAUUGAAGAGCUUGCAGGACUUGCCCCAGAAGAUGAUCACCUAAACCGGUUUAGUGAUCGAGAACUGGAGGAAGCCCUGGCAGAUGCGGAGAGGGAUGAAUCCCCAAGCCCCAGCGAUCCCUUCUUGACCCUCGAAGCGCCGCCGAGCACAAGAGCAGCUGGGAAAGCUCCCAUGAAGAGCCUCUCGCAGAAUCGCAAUCUCAGUCGCUCGCGGCGAACGCAAGCACUUUCGCCGCAACAUAAACCCGAGGAAAGUGAUGACGAGGUUCCGGCCUCCCUCCUCGUGGAAGGCGACCAAGAGGACGAGGAGGACCUCAAAGCGAAACUCCCUCCACCCCCACUUUCUCAUAACCUUCGCGACCAUGAUUCUCACGCCGGGCCUCCCUCGCACAGGGAACAAACGCCCUGGGAGACGGCACGGGGACAAUUACCGGUACACAGUGCUCCUGGAAAGCGUCACCAUGGGGCUUUAUGGUCAGCCGGAUACCCAGAUCUGGCCACAGUAGAUCCCAAAGUGAAAGCAAUGUGGAUGUGGGCGAACGUGGAGGAUUUAGACAACUUCUUGAAGGAAGUUUAUACGUACUACCUCGGUAACGGGAUCUGGUCGAUCCUGCUGAACCGAGCUUUAAGCCUUUUAACUUUUGCGUUUGUCGUAGGUUUCAGUACCUUCCUGACGAAUUGCAUCGACUAUCGCAGUGUACGCGGAAGUAAAAGGUUAGACGACAUUUACAUUCAGCAGUGUACCAAAAAGAUGUCGUUCUCUUCGAGCUUCCUACUUUGGUUGCUAUCGUUGUUCUGGAUUGGCAAGACAUUCCAGUAUGUUCUCGAUAUUCGGCGUCUCAAGCACAUGCAUGACUUCUACCAUUAUCUACUAGGGAUCUCCGAUGCAGAGAUCCAAACAAUAUCUUGGCAGGAAGUGGUCAGCCGCUUGAUGACCUUGCGAGAUUCUAAUCCAGCGACCGCCGGCGCUGUUUCUGCCAAAAAUCGCAAGUUCAUGGGCAGCCAGUCCAAACAGCGCAUGGAUGCUCAUGAUAUCGCUAACCGGCUGAUGCGCAAAGAAAACUACUUAAUAGCUCUGGUCAAUAAGGACAUACUUGAUCUCACGCUUCCGAUUCCGUUCUUGCGGAACAGACAAUUAUUUUCUCGGACGCUAGAAUGGAACAUCAAUUUGUGCGUUAUGGACUAUGUGUUCAACGAGCAGGGCCAAGUUCGAACGCUGUUCCUGAAGGACACUCACCGACGGGCAUUGAGCGACGGCCUGCGCCGCAGAUUCAUCUUUGCCGGAAUCAUGAACAUCUUUGCAGCUCCUUUCAUUGUCGUCUAUUUCAUGACACACUAUUUCUUCCGCUACUUCAACGAAUACAAGAAGAAUCCGUCCCAGAUUGGCUCGCGCCAAUACACCCCCUUGGCGGAGUGGAAAUUUCGGGAGUUCAACGAGCUCUGGCACCUCUUUGAGCGUCGAAUCAACAUGUCCUAUCCAUUCGCUAGCCGCUACGUUGACCAGUUUCCCAAGGAUAAGACCGUGCAGGUUGCGGGGUUCGUUGCCUUCGUCUCCGGAGCACUGGCAUCUGUGCUGGCUCUAGCAUCCGUUGUGGACCCGGAAUUGUUUCUGGGGUUCGAAAUCUCCCCGGACCGCACCGUGCUAUUCUACCUGGGUGUUUUUGGAUCUGUCUGGGCGGUCGCCCAGGGCAUGGUGCCGGAGGAGACAAAUGUUUUCGAUCCCGAGUAUGCGCUCUUGGAGGUGAUUAAUUUCACUCAUUACUUCCCGGGCCACUGGAAAGGGCGAUUGCAUAGUGACGAGGUCCGGAAGGACUUUGCCACUCUAUAUCAGAUGAAGAUCGUGAUCUUCCUGGAGGAGAUUAUGAGUAUGAUCUUCACGCCUUUCAUCCUGUGGUUCAGCCUGCCCAAAUGCAGCGACCGCCUCAUCGAUUUCUUUCGGGAGUUUACCGUCCAUGUUGAUGGUAUGGGCUACCUGUGUUCCUUUGCUGUGUUUGAUUUCAAGAAGGGCACCAACGUCAUCUCCCAGGCGGACCCCGGGCGACGGGAUCCCGCACGGCAGGACCUGCGGGCCGACUACUUCUCAACCAAGGAUGGUAAGAUGUUGGCUUCCUACUAUGGGUUCUUGGAUAAUUACGGGGCCAAUCCCCGUCCAUCAAACAAGCGACAGUUCCAUCCUCCACCCACAUUCCCAACUCUCGGUUCACCCUCGACCGUCGAGAUGGGCAACUAUGGCGAGCGACUGGAUGCCACACUGGCACAGCCUGGCCCGGCUGGCGGAAUGAUGGGCCAACAGUCUACCUUUGGCGCUCCCCGAUUCGGCCCCCCGGGCCUGGGCGAUCAUGCGUCUCCCGCGCCGUCGAUCCUCCUCGAUCCGCAUCACCAGCCGUCUGCGUCAGGAUUCCGCUCCACCCAUCGUGCAUCAGCCUACUCUCGUUACCGUCCCUCUCGACCAUCACGUACGAUCUCCGACCCGAUUGCGGAUGAAGACGGGCCGUCCAUGCCGACUCGCGGUCUUGGAGUCAAAGCUUCACCGCAUGUUGCUUCAGGAUCGAGCGGGGCGGGCCUAGGCACGAGCGACAGCAAUCUGGGGGAGUCGUGGCGGAUGAACUUGGUGGAGGAGAAGGACGAAGAUGAUGAUGAAGACGAAGGCGGAGAGAACGUCGACGCGCUUGCCGGGGGCGCGGGGGUCUUGGGACUGAUCCAACGGUUUCAACAAGUAAGCAAGGACAAUCGGGGGCGUACGACUGUUGGGCUCUGAAGUCCGUCUUCUUGCAGACAUUUUGAGUUCACCAGGAUGUGAAUAGGGGUGGAUUCCGGGUUCCGGCUCUGUGAGCGCCCCGGAUCAACAUCUAGCUAGAUGGCCAUGAGUAUAAUGAUAGAGAUGAGGUCUGGGUGCAAGCGUAUACUAGCCACUCUGCUUGGCAAGAUGUCCCAUGCAGGC